AUGCAAGUGGCUAUGAUAUGCUUUCAAAAAACUAUACAGUUAACUCCUAGUGGAGAGGGUGGCUACAUAUACGUUAAUCACUUGCAUGAUGCAAUAGUCGGCCAAGGUUUUGAUAUUUACUGCCGAGACAACCUCAUGUGUCCAACCGAGGUGGAGUACAAAAAAAUGGUCGAAAGAAAAACUGGCGGUAUGUUAUUAUUGGGAGUCAAAUUGAUACAACUAUUUAGCGAAAAUAAACAAAACUAUGACGAUUUUGUAAGACUUCUUGGAUAUUACUUUCAGCUGAGGGAUGAUUAUUGCAAUUUAAGACAGCAAGAGGCACUGGAAGAAUGGCCCGGGGAAGAAGACAUACACGCAUCCAAAGAAAAUAUUUUUUGUGAAGAUAUAACUGAGGGUAAAUUCAGUUUACCUAUUAUACAUGCAAUGACGACUCCGGAAGGUCCAACAAUAUUAAGGAUAUUGCGUCAGCGCACUCGUAAUAUGGAGUUGAAGAAGUAUUGCCUUUCAUUGAUGGAGAUAUCUGGUAGUCUACAGUACACAAGGGACUUGCUGUCUGAGUUGGACCGAAAGGCAAGGAAAGAGCUCAUACGUUUAGGUGGAAAUCCUAUGUUGGAAGACGUUUUAGAUAGUCUAUUGAGUUGGAAGGACGUGGAAGCAAGUUAAUAAAUAUUGGAGCUUAUAAAUAUGGUAUAUUUGUAUAUGUUAUAUAAUAGUUAAGAGGAAA